AUGGGUCACCAGCAUCUCUACGGGAUCCAUCUGAGAAAAUUCAGCCAGGCUUCUCCUUUUGGCCGCGUCUGCUCAAUCCAGUGGGGUCUGAUCUGGAAACGUGGUCUCAGUAUGUGCCGCCAGUGUUUUCAUCUGUAUGCGAAGGAUAUAGGCUUCAUCAAGCAGGAUCAAAGGAACUUCCUUGAAUGGGUCAUUCAAGACAUCUACUAUACCCGAGAAACAAUGCUAGCUCUUCGUACAUAAAAUAAAAACUUCAAUCAUGGGAGUUUUGAUAUGA